CUAAAGCAACCAAACAGGAUGGCAGCAGCACCCGAGUGGCUGACCCACGAAUAUAUCGAGCACGCCCUGCGCUCCCACUACAAGGAUGAUGGACUGGUCAUCACUAAUCUCCAGAUAAAUCCAGCCUUGGGUCCUGGUGAAAAUUAUGGCGGGGUUUUGACCCGUGCUCGGGUGCAAUUUACCCUAACUAAUGGAGAGAAACAGCUGCAAAAUCUGAUUGUAAAGACGGAAAUCGAUGACGAUGAGUUGACCCAGGAACUGAUGGCUCCCUAUGAUAUCUACAAUCGGGAGAUGACCAUCUACCAGGAAGUGUUGCCGAAACUUAAGGAGCUCCUGAACGAAAUCGGAGAUACCGAAAGUAUCUUUCCCACAGCCAUCUUUGUGGAUCGCGAACGUAUGGCCAUCAUUUUUGAGGAUCUUUCCGUGGCCGGUUAUGUAAUGGCCGAUCGAGUGCGUCGCUUGAACGAGGAGCACACCCAUUUGAUCCUCCGAAAGUUGGCCAAACUCCAUGCGGCCUCGGCGGUUUUGAAUGAAAGGCAAAAUGGAAGUCUCGAGAGCUUCGAUCGUGGGUUCUUCAAUCGCUAUACCAAUGCCUAUAGUGGCUACUUUGUCGGUGGUCUCCUGGCUGCCGCCCGCUGGAUGAGCCAGGUGCCCAAGUUGGCCCAUUACAGUGAGAAGCUAUUCGCCUUGGCGCCCCACUACAUGGACAUCGGGAGGGAGUGCUUCGCACCCAAGCCGGGGCAAGUGAAUGUCCUGGCGCAUGGCGAUGUGUGGACCAAUAAUGUGAUGUUCAAGUACGAUCCCAAAACGGGACGACCCUUGGACGUGCUGCUCAUUGACUUUCAGUAUUCCUUUUGGGGCUCGCCCUGCAUCGAUCUCCACCAUCUGUUCAAUACUUCCCUAAAGGAACCACUGCGUCGGGAUCAGCAGAGUGGUCUCUUCCAGUUUUACCACAGUAUUUUCAGUGAAACACUGCGAAAGCUCGACUACCGUCAGAAUCCCAUUCCCAGUCUGCAUCAAUUCAAAUUGGAGGUGGAGCAGAAGCGUUUCUUCGCUAUGCACUCCACUGUGGUCGUUCAGCCAGUGAUGAUCAGCCAGGAUCCCACGGACGCCUGUUUCAAUGCCUUGAUGAACGAUGAUGAGCGUGGCAUUCGGUUCAAGAACCGCUUGUACAAUAAUCCCACAGUUCAACAAAAUCUGCAUUCGUUAGUCCCCUUCUUCGAUAGAAAGGGACUGCUGGAGGUGAAUCAAACCUGUUGAUGGGUCACACGAGAGUGUUUAAAUGGGCUUCCACUUUUGUUAGUAUAAAUACAUGUAUUAGGUUAAGUUAUAAUAAAUACUCUUAUUUUU